GUUUUAAGCUACUUUGUUCAGUUAGUACGUGAACAGUGUGACAGUAUUAUAUUUUGUUUAACUUAUGAACUCAAUGUUCAAGUGAAAUUGAAGCUCAAGACCAACAGUAUAAAAGAUCACUUUAGCUAAACAAAAUAUGAAUUCUUUCAAAAACGAAGUUGUUAUAUCGGGCAUAAGCGGGAAGUUUCCCGAGUGUAAUGGUGCAGACGAAUUUAAAUCAUUAUUAUUCAACAAAGUCAAUGGUGUGACUGAUGAUACUAGAAGAUGGAAUCAGAAAAAUAACCAUACACCGUCAGCAACUGGUAAAAUUAAUAAUAUCGAUGCGUAUGACUCAAUAUAUUUCAAAGUUCAUUCAAAACUUGCUACCGCUACGGACCCUAUAACAAGACUCUUAAAUGAGCGAGCAAUAGAAGCAAUCAUCGAUGCUGGUAUCAGUCCUCAUGAUUUAAAUGGAACGAACACGGCCGUAUUUACGAGCGCAUUUUUGAGUGAAUUUGAUAGUACAUUAUCAGGAGACUUUAAAUCAUCAUUUCUUAUGUUGGGAACUGCUAAAACAAUGCAAGCCAACCGCAUUUCAUACACACUAAACUUAACAGGUCCAAGUUUUGUAAUGGUGAAUGGAACCCAGAGCUUGAUGCUGGCCAAAAAAAUGAUCGAAUGUGGAUAUAUAGACACAGCAAUUGUUGGAGUAUGCAAUUUGACUACUAAUUUUCUGACGCAUCAACAUUUCAAUAAACUGACCAGUUUGACGCAAACAACCCAAACAAAAUCAUUUAGCGCCGACGCUGAUGGAUACAAUAGAUCGGAAGGGUGUAUUGUACUGCUACUGCAAAAAGCAUCAAAUGCAAAACGUUCGUACGGUACGAUAUUGAGUGUAAAAGCGUUACAGUUUGGCGAUCAUCAAGGACAUAUCACCAAUCAUUCUAAAGACAAUUUAAAAUCAACCAUACUGGAAGCUUACAAAGAGGCUAAAGUAGAUCCAUCCGCCGUAAAUUUCAUAGAAGCAAACGGAUGUGGAAUCAAAGCUGAAGACGAUCUAGAGCUUAACGUGAUGGAAGAAAUAUUCUGUACCAACCAACGAAAGACACCAUUAAAAAUAGGGUCUGUAAAAAGUAAUAUUGGCCAUACUGAAGAAUGUAGCUUAUUUGCAUCAAUCAUCAAAGCCAUUAUAACGUUUGAAAGUGGUUACAUACCGCCAAAUAUCAAUUAUUCGACGCCAAAUUCAAAUAUCAAAUCUAUAAGGAACAAAAAGAUGCAAGUGGUUACACAAAAGACGCCUUUCAACGAUGACAUAAUCGGAAUAACGUCUUUUGGUUAUGUUAACGAGUUUAAUCACGUUGUACUUAAAAGAAAUAAUAAGAAAAACCCGAAUAAAUCAACUGAAAAUGUAAUACCGCAAUUAAUUUUGGCUUCUGGAAGAACGAAUGAAAAUUCCGUAGAUACGAUAAAAAAGAUAUUAAAACAUGGAAGCAACAAGGAAUAUAUUUCUCUAACACAAAACAUUUUUUCAAAAACAAUACACGGCCACUAUCAUAGAAGCUUUGAUAUUUAUCCAAGUUUGAGUUCAGAAGAAACUGCAGAAGCUUGGAACGUUACAUUAAAAAAAAGACCAGUUUGGUUUGUAUUCUCCGGAAUGGGUUCGCAAUGGCCCGGAAUGGGUACAGAUUUAAUGCGCUUGCCAAUAUUUGCCGAAUCGAUCAGAAAAAGUGACGUUGUUUUGCGGUCGAAAGGUAUAGAUAUCAUUGAUAUAAUAACAACUGUACAACCAAGUCUAUUCGAUAAUAUACUUAACUCGUUUGUGGGAAUAGCAGCAAUACAAAUAGCUUUAGUGGAUGUAUUAAAUGCAUUAGAAAUAGUACCAGACGGUAUUAUUGGACAUUCGGUUGGUGAACUAGGCUGUGCAUAUGCGGAUGGUUGUCUAACUGCUGAAGAAAUGUUAUUGGCUGCAUACGCACGUGGCGUUGCGUCUAUAGAAACAGAUUUAAUACCUGGAAUGAUGGCCGCUAUUGGUGUUGGUUAUCAUGGAAUAAAAAAUAGACUGCCGGAAGAUAUUGACGUAGCUUGUCAUAACAGUGCAUCAAGCUGUACUAUAUCUGGUCCAGUUGAUAGUGUUAAAAAAUUUGUCUCACACUUAACAUCUCAAGGUAUUUUCGCUAAAACAGUGAAUGUAGCAGGAAUAGCAUAUCACAGCAGAUACAUAAAACCAGCAUCUCCCGCUCUUCUGAAAUAUCUCCAAGAAGUAAUUAAAGAACCAAAGGAUAGAUCUUCUAAAUGGAUAAGCAGUUCAAUUCCGGAGUCUGAAUGGAAUUCGGAUUUAGCCAAACAGUCAUCAGCUGAAUAUCACACCAAUAAUCUUUUAAGCAGUGUGUUAUUCGAGGAAGCUACUAGGCACAUACCCAAUGACGCUGUUGUUAUAGAAAUCGCUCCACACGGUCUACUGCAAGCAAUUCUAAAACGGUCUUUACCAGAGACAGUGACUAACAUACCAUUAACAAAAAAUGUUUUCGGUCAAUCGAUCCAAUUUUUGCUAAAAUCGAUUGGAAAAAUGUACACCAACGAUAUGAACCCAAAUAUACAGGCACUUUACCCAACAGUUGAUUACCCUGUAAGCCGAGGUACUCCCUUUCUUCAUACGUUUGCUUUGUGGGAUCAUUCAUUUCAGUGGCCUAAUAUUAAUAAGAUGAACUGUGAGUUAAAUCGAGAGGCACUUAUACAAUUGUCUUUAAACGACAAUGCAAAAUUGAUUCAACAUAAAAUUAAUGGACAUUAUGUUAUACCCGUUUCAUUCUUCUUGUUUAAAGUUUGGGAAAAGUUCUGUGAAAUCCAUAUGAAAAACCCGUUUAAUGAUACUAUUACCUUUCAAAACAUCAAAAUUAAACAAGAUAUUGAAAUUACACCAAACAUUACAGAUUCGUCGGAAAUAAUAGAUUAUAUGAUCCAAUGCUCUGGAUUCUUUGAACUUAGCUGGAACGGCACGAUUAUUCUAACAGGCCAAAUAGAGUUCACGACUAAAAAAUACUCAAUUCCUCAAACACUUGACCAUGCAAUUGAAAACUCUGAAUCAUUAAUAUCGAAAAAUGAAAUUUACGCCAUAUUUGAGAAAAAAGGUUAUCAGUUAGGAGAACAUUUCAAGACAAUAAACAAUGUAGAACUAUUUAAAAAUGAAAUCCGUGCAAAUAUAAAAUGGAAUAACGAUUGGUUAUAUUUUUUGGACUCCUUAUUGAAAAUAUCACUAUUAGAGAACGUGAAUGCUUCUUUUAUCGAGACUACAAAAUCAAUUCAAGAGAUUUGGAUUAAUCCUACAAUACUUCAGAGUUGCAAUGAUGAAAGUAUACCGACGUAUUACAACAUAACAACAAAAGAAAUCGUUUGUGAUGGAGUUAAAAUAAGUAAUGUAAAAAAUACGCAUUUAGAUUCAUAUGAUCGAGAAUCGUCAACCUUAAGAUUAGAAAGCAAUACGUUUCAUUUAUACAACCAGUACAUAAUACAGGAUAUCGAUGGUUAUAUUAAAGAUUGUAUAGAAUUUUUGACCGAAAUUUGUAAAUUUGAUGAAAGUAAUACUCAUCACAAAGUAACUCUAUCAGUUCCAUAUCAAUACGACGAUCCAUUUGUAAAACUCUGUACUAAUGCUCUGAAACUCAUUUUGAAUAUCACCACAAACAUUGAUAACGUAUACAUGAAUUGGGAGGAUUUGACAAAACUUUCUAAUAAUGAGGAAUUAGGAUCAUACAUAACAGUAUCUAGUAUUGAUUAUUUACAAGAUUCUAUUGAGGUUUUAGCUAAUAGACCAAACAGUUAUAUAUUUAUCGUAUCAACAAAACGUAUAAGGGAUGUUAAGGGAUGGAAAAUGAUCAAAGAACAGAAAUUUGACAAAAAUUACGUAUCCUUAAUAAAGAAGGUCAAUUUUUCAAGCGAUGGCAGUAUUUUUUUGAUGACAAACGCUGGCCAACUGGAUUCCAAAAUAUGGAAAUAUAUAGAAAAAUGUAAAUCGGAUAAAGGAAAAAUAUACUUAGUAUCCACCUCUGUACCACCAGAAGGAAUCAAUGAUUACGUAUCGAAAAUGUUUCAAACAUUUAAGACCCAGAAACUUAGAUUUGUUUUUAUUUUGGAUUCGGAUGCUCCGGAAUUACACACAAACAAAACCUUUUAUGAAGAACAAUUAUGUAAAGACUUUAUAAUAAAUACUUAUAAAAACGGAGGAUGGGGCUCUUACAAAAAUUCAUUUAUCGAAAACAUAAAAACGGAUGAUCGUUGCUCACAUCAACUAUUUCCCAUUUGUCAAAUUCCAUUAAAGAACACCGAUGGCCUGACUAUAAAAUAUCUUGGAAUAAAUCACAAAAAUUUAGUCAUUGAGGACGAUAAUAUGGAAGAUGAAAUUGGCCCCCUCGAAUACUCGGGGACUACUGAAAAUGGCAAAGCCGCAAUGGGAAUUCUAUAUUAUAAUAAAACAGAAAAUAUUCUAACAAAAGAUAAUUACUUAUCUUGGCCUGUACCACCAACUUGGUCGCUACAAGAUGCCGUAACAGUUCCGUUACCGUACGCCAUGGGGUAUUAUGUGUUUAAUGUAUUAAGUAAGUUAGAUAAAUCAAUAUCAAUAUUAAUUACUUCUGGUACCCAUCCUGUUGGAAUAGCAGCUAUUUCGAUUUGUUUAUCUGAAGGAUGCAAUGUUUACGUUGUUGUUGAAAAUAAACAGCAAGUGGACUACCUAUCAAAUGUCUUUCCUAUGUUACGGAGUUCAAAUAUAAUUAUAAACGAAAACAACAAUUUUGAUAUAAAUGUAAAGAUGAUUAAUAAAUCUAUAGGAAUAGAUCGAGUUUUAAAUUUCUUAGAAGGUGACGGUCUACAAGCUUCAAUACGUUCCAUUGCUGAUCAUGGAAAACUCUUUCAUUUUUCUAAAUCUGACAUGAUAAAACAGGAAAAUAUGGGAACAAGAAUAUUUUUAAAAGAUUUGUCAUUUUAUUCAAUUACUUCAUAUAUGCUAAUGACUGCUUGCAAUGAAAACAAACUAGUUAUUCAAAAAGCAUUCAAAAAAGGACUCAACCAGGGCGUAAUUCAAUCAAUAAAUGGAAAUGUUGUAAAAAUGCCUUUGAACAGUGAAAAAUUACUUGAUAAUUUAAAACACAGUUCUAUUUAUCCGAAAAAACUCAUUCUACCUAUAAACGACGACGAUAUAAAGUCAAGUGUUAUUGAUUGUGCAACAAAUGGUUCGUAUCAAUGUCAACCCGAUCAAGUUUAUGUUGUUAUAGGUAAUAAAAAUGAAUGGUUGGACGUAGCUGAAUGGUUGGUUAACAAAGGAGCACGAAACAUCACAAUAAUGAUAAACAAAUAUUUAUUGCCUCCGUCCGGGUGCAGAAGAUUUAACCAACUUUUAUCAAAGCACGUAGCAAUACACAUCGAAUCCAAUAUUUCCAUAAAGUCAAAAGAAAGUGCUUUGAAUUGGUUUAAUCGUUUGACAUCAUCAAAUCAAUUUGGCGGAAUAUUCUUAAUCGAUCAAAAUGACGCUGAAAAAGUAAAUCAGUUUGGUUAUGCCUUUGAGGGGUUGAUCAAAAAAUCAAAAUCGGCUAUAUUUGUGUGUAUUUCUUGUAAAAGUGAGCACGUAUGUUCAGCACUAAAAUCAAAACGAUUGAAUGCUUUGAAUAUGCAAUGGAGUGCAACUGCAAAAAAACAACUGUCUAUGACGUCAUUGUUGACAACGUUGGAUUCACUAAUCAUAAAAGUUCAAGAUAUGAAUUCCGAUACUUUUACAGUAGUUAAAGAAAAUACGGAUCAGUUGGAAGGUGACUUAAACAAAACUAACUGUUUAUGUGAAAUGCCCGAUUCCGUUGAAGAUUUACUGGAAUUUGUCAACAAAUUGAACAACGAAGCAGAUUUUAUAGAAAUCCAGACCAAAAGCCCAAGAUUUUCGCAGGUUAAAGGAGUAGUGCCGGUGUUUAUGAUACCGGGUUUUAAAACAAGAGCUAUUGAAGUAUUGUAUGCAAAACUGUAUUAUCCUACAUUUGAAGCACGGAUUCCAAAACAAAUUAUUUCAAUUAACGAUCUUGCUCAAACUCUCGUUACAAAAUUGAAAAUAAUUUGCAAUCACAGCAUGAUUUCAUUGAUCGGAGAAUCAUGGGGCGGAAUCAUUGCCUUGAAAAUGGCUCAGAUUUUAGAAGCUCAAGGAACAUUAGUAUCCGUGUGUUUACUAGAAGGAGAUCCAGAUACGGUUUAUGGAUGGGCAAACGAGAUCAUUUCUAAUCCACUUAACAAGGAUGUACUAGAAAAAAAAUAUUUAUGGCAUUUAAUUGAGGCCAAUAUUAUAUCACCUUCGGAUAAUGAUGAUUAUGCAUCACAUUUGUUGGAGGACCUGCCAUAUAAAAAUGUUAAUAAAGACAGAAUCAUAGAAGGACUAAGUACAACAUUGUCACUACUAAAAGCUUUGAUAGAAUCAGAGCCGCUACCUUAUAAAUUACAAGCAAGAGUACAAAUAUUUAAGUUCAAUAGACUAUACGACUAUGCAUCUUCAGUCAUUUAUGACUACUGUAAUUCUACACCUGUCAUAAAAGUCGUCACACAAUCAGAUUCAACAAGACCUCUUAACAAUAAAUUAUUUUGCAAUGAUAUAAACGACAAAAUGGGAUUCAUCCCAACCAUUGAUGAGAAUUUACCAGUACUCGAAAGAUAUAAUAAGAUAAGUUUGAAAACUGACAGAAUCUAAUUUUAGUAUGAUUUAUUUUAUUAUUCAUGUAUUUGAUCUAGUAUGAAUAAUUUUACACUUUUUUUGCCUUAUAAGCACUGGUAACUUAAUACCAAAUUGUUAAAGUUUUUAAAUUACUAAAUAAACGAUAUGAUUUUUAACAAU